GCUGGCUUUGUUCAGGCGAAAGACCACUGGGUGUCGCGCUGCAGCCGUAAUUCAAGAUCUCUCGUCUUUCUCGGAGAUUUUCUCACACCAGUAUCACCCAGUACUGAAUACACAAUUAUGCAGUCCCUUUUGAUUGGCAAGUAAUUCAAAGGAUGUGAAAACAGGAAGCCAGCACCACAAAAUGAUCUGAGAAGAGAUGAUAGCAGAACCAACGUUACUCUUGAGAACAGUGCAAAAAGAGAACAGUAGUGUUGAUGUCUCUUCCUGCACAUCUGUGAAUCAUGCCUCUGGUGUGAGAAAUGAAAACAGAAAGAAGAAUGUGAGAGGGAAGAGGAAAGCAAGAGAUGGUUCAGAGAAUGCUAAGCAGAAGCUCUCAAAGACCAAUCACGGUAGCUUGGCCAGAGCAGAGAAUGAGCAGCUCAAACAUGGAGACAUGGAAGCCUUCACCUUGUUUGAGGUGGUCACUAUGGGCAGGAGCGCUAUGCAGGCUGUGGUUGAUGACUGGAUUGAGGCUUAUAUUAUGGACAGAGAACCAGCCUUGCUUGACCUCAUCAGCUUCUUCAUUCAGUGUUCAGGAUGCAAAGGGGUAGUAACUGCUGAGAUGUUUCAGAGCCAGGAAGAGUCUGAUGUCAUGAGCAAAAUGGUGGAGGACCUUGAUGAGAGUUCAGGUUUGCAGUAUAAAAGAUUUCUGGCAUUUCCAUGGAUACUUACUGUCACAUGGCCCAUGGACAUUGACAAUGGAGAGUAUCCUCUUGUUAUGUCUGGUCUGUACUGGAAAAAGUUCCGCUCUCACUUUUGUGAGUUUGUCUCAGUGCUGAUAUCACAGUGUCAAUAUAGCGUGAUCUUUGACAACUACCUCCUGAGUACACUCAUUUCUCUGCUGACUGAGCUCUCUGCAUCACACAUGCGUGCUUUUAGACACACGUGCACACUGGCAGCAGUAAAGUUGCUCAGCGCUCUGGUGAAUGUGGCGCUCAAUCUCAGCGUUAGUGUGGAGAACAACCAGAAACUCUGUGAAGUUGAGCUGGCUAAGAUGUCCGGCAAGCGAGCCUCACCACGGCUGGACAAGAUCAAGAAGAAGAUUACAGAGCUGAAGGAUAGAAGGCUUGAAAUAGAAGACAUGAUGGAUGUGAUAUUUAAAGGAGUUUUUCUUAAAAGAUACAGAGAUGUGAUACCUGAGAUCAGGGCGAUCUGUAUAGAGGAACUAACUGUAUGGAUGAAGCUUUACAGUGCCGUGUUUCUUAAUGAUACCUGUCUGAAAUAUGUAGGAUGGCUGAUGCAUGACAAGCAACCUGACGUGCGCUUGAAGUGUGUGUUGGGUCUUCAGGGACUUUAUCAGGAUGUUAAUCUUAGCUCCAAAAUGGACCUCUUCACCAGUCGAUUUAAGGAGAGAAUGAUCUCCAUGAUUUUGGAUAAGGACCACGAGGUAGCAGUGCAGGCAAUGAGGCUGCUGAUGGCCAUUGCCCAGUCCUGUGAUGACGUGCUGAGCCAGGAUGACUACAAGCACAUAUUUCAGUUUGUGUACUCUACUCAUCGACCGCUUGCAGCCAUGGCAGGCGAGUUUCUCUUCACCAAAUUACUCAGUAAACCUGCAGUUCCAGUGAUGAGGGCAGGAAUAUCAGAGGAGGACAGACACAGAGAGCUCACCCUGGCCCAAGUCCGAGCCCUUAUUCAGUUCUACACUGAGAACCAGUUGCACCAGCAUGUGCUAUAUCUGGUGGAUAGUCUGUGGGAUAGUGGUGGGCCUCUGCUGAAAGACUGGGCCUUUUUCACCACUCUGCUCACAUCUCAUCCUUCCUCAUCAGAGCAAGCUUUGAGCAGCGAUGAGGAGGCUCUGGUGAUUGAGAUUCUUUUGGCAUCAGUGAGGCAGACUGCUGAGGGACCUCCACUAGCAGGGAGAAGCAUGGGGAAGAAAGUGAUCAGUACAAAAGAGAAGAGGCUACAGACAGAUGACUGUGCAAAACUUACAGAACACUUCUUAAAGGUGCUACCUGAUCUGUUAUCCAAGUACUCAGGAGAUUCGGAAAAACUUACAUGGUUCCUCAAAAUACCUCAGUACUUUCAAAUGGACAUCUGUGGUGACGAAUACACAGAGUCUGUUCAGGCACUGCUCACUAGGCUGGAGGCUGCAGUGGAUACACACACAGACGCAGCACUACUGGAAGCAGCUGUUCGCUCGUACCAUAACCUCUGUGCAAACGAUUCACACUGGCAGCAACUGGCAGCUUCUGCCAUAGGCCAACUCAUCCAGCGCUGGACACACACACUGGGCUCAUGCUUAGGAGAGGCAGUCAGUGAUGGAACCUUCGUUGGAGAUGAAGACAAAAAGGAAGAAAUUCUGUCCAUUUUGAAAAAAUUAACUGCUUUCAACAAUGCUCAGGACUUGUCUAAAUGGGGUAUAUAUGAGCUGGUCUCUAAGCUCCUUGUAGUUGAGUUACAGCACGGAGGAGUGCCAGUAGAGAUGAUCACUGAGGCUCUGCGCUGUGUCUGCUGCUGCAUCCUGUGGAACCUACACAACUUUGGAGAAGGCAUGACCUCCAGGGAGUCAGCUCUCCAUCAGAGGAGUCAGCUACGAGCUUUUUGUGAAAAAUGCCACCGGUGUCUUUCACACACGGAGCAGGUGGUGAGAGAGCAGGCGUUCAUGUGUUUGAGUGAUGUCCUCGUAGCACACAGUUACCAGCUGCAGAUGUGGGAUUCAUCAGCAGGUGCUCCUCUGCUCUACACCCUUGAACCCAGACUGCAGAAAGCGUUGCUCAGCUUCAUCCUAGAGCAUGUCUUCACCGGCUCCGAGCCACACAGCCACAGCAACACUGGCAGUGAGAAUAAGGGUGGGGUGAGCUGGCCGGAGGACUUGCACAGGCGGAGGAAUCUGUUGGCUGCCUACUGUAAACUGAUAGUGCACAGUGUGCUUGAGAUGAGUAUGGCUGCUGAGAUCUUCAAGCACUACAUGAGGUACUACAAUGACUUUGGCGAUAUUAUCAAAGAAACUCUGAACCGUACCCGACAAAUGGACAAGAUUGAAAGUGCACGCACCCUGGUUCUGUGCCUUCAGCAGCUGUACCUGCGGUUGAAGCAGGAGCAGGACACUGGGAGCGUGUGCAGUUCAGGAGUGCAGACCUACAGCAGCAUCAAAGAGCUGGCCAGACGCUUCUCGCUCACCUUCGGCUGGGAUCAGAUCAAAUCUCGCGAGUCUCUGGCCAUGAUCCACAGGGAUGGCAUCGAGUUUGUUUUCCAGGGCUAUGUUCUUCAGUCAGAGAAACACUUGCCGCCACCAUACCUCUCUUACCUCACCAUCCUCAGCGAGUUCUCUAGUAAGCUGCUCAAACCUGACAAGAAGACCAUAUAUAGCUAUCUGCAGCGGUACACUGGUGAGCAGAGCAUCAGUAACAGGGAGGAAUGCUGGAUGCCUCUCAUCUAUUACAGAGCGUCUCUCCAGGGCACAGCUGAGGGAGAGGAUGCCGUGUCCUUCAUCAGCUCUGACACUAAUAAACAGCACUCACUCACUAAUCGCUCCAGAUCGCCCUCCAUCAAACCGGCUGCAUCUGAAGGAGAUCUGCGAAUUUCACAAGAGAGUAAAGCGGGCAAAUUGGUGAAAAGCCUGGAGCCGAGAGCUGCAGAACAUCCCACUGUGUUCAGAGAGCAGCCUGACAGCAAGGGAACAGUUGAUAUCCAGCCAGGGGUCACUGCUGAGGAAUUGGAUGUGGACACAGUAGAAAUAGACAUUUGAUUUCCUCAUGAAAGUCAGUUCGUUGAGGUUAAUAAGAAUGACAGUGUGUUCAGUAUGACCUCAUCCUGUUUUUUUAAGCUUUACUGUAAUCAAUAACGUAAUGCCUUGGUGCUAAAGACAUUAAUUAUUGGUUUUACAUUGUGUCAUUUUUUUGGUAUCAUCUAAACCAGCUCUAAGCUAAAGAUGAUAGAAUGUGUAUUUUGUCUUCUUUGCUGUUAUACGACAGUCUCCAUCUGUUUCCUCUGAGAUUUGUGAAGCUAGCCACUGUAUCUUUUCAAACUGCUGCUCAUGCAACAUCACAGCGCAUUAUGGUGGGGUCUUACACUCUUGGUGGGGGAAAAGCACUGUCUGCUCUCACACACACACACACACACAUACACAGAAAACCACAGCUGUUAGAUCACAAAUUACUUUGUCUAAGUGUGCAUUAGCACAGAUCUAAAGUACUUCACUGAGCUGAAAUGUAAAACCUCUUAUAUGAAUCAUAUACGGUAUACAUAUCUAUUUGUCUGAAAUCCACUGAGAGUGUGUAUGUGUGUGUGUGUGUAUGUAUAUAUAUUAUUCUAAAGCAAUGAGCAACAGUUACAAAAUCAGGAAGGUUACAUGCUCAAACUAUGCUCAGUGCAGGUUAACUAUUAUCACUGUCUUAUAUAAUCCAUUAUACGGUUUGAUGUUUCCAUCAUUUUGUUCACUCAGCGAAAUGUUUGAAAUAAUAUUAGAAAAGAUUCAAUAUUUGUUUUUAUAGGAAAUAUGUAAUAUUUCCCAAAACAAACUAACCUGAAACUGAAAAGAAUUUUGUUCACAUAUUUGUUUGCAUUGUAUAUAUUUACUUCUUGUGUAUAAUAUUAAUGUUAACCUUUUCACUGCAAUUUCAUUUAUUAAAAAAAACCCCAAACAAAUCA